AUGUAUUCAUAUAUAACUUACAAUUGGUAAAAAAUGUUGGUGGCGAGGGUUUGUUUGGUGUCUCAUUGAUCGUUCAUUUAUCAUCGGUCGUUUUGAGAGCCUUGACUCCUCCAUUUGGAAAAAUGGUAGCAGAGGAACAAAAGUUAGAGGGUGAAUUCCGGUUUACACACUCGCGUCUCAUCGAGAAUGCUGAAGAAAUUGCCCUCUAUUCUGGCCAUGAAGUUGAAAAGUCCAUCCUAGAUCGUAAUUACUUUGCUUUAAUCAAGCAUAUUAACAGAAUUUUCCGUAAACGUAUUUACCACGGAAUGCUGGAAGAUUUCAUAAUUAAGUAUUUCUGGGGUGCUAUGGGAUUGGUUCUUUGUUCGGUACCCGUUUUCUUUACUAUAUCGGGUAACAAAAAGGACAAUCUUGGUUCGCGUGCAGAAGGAUUUAUAACCAACCGUAGAUUGUUGAUGAGUUCAUCCGAUGCAGUUGGUCGUAUUAUGUAUUCAUACAAAGAAAUUGCAGAAUUAGCUGGAUACACCGCUAGAGUUUCAGAACUCUUGGAUGUUUUUGAAGAAGUUAAAGCUGGCCGGUUUAAAAAACAACUCGUUUCAUCAGUUUCGAUUGAAGAGAACGCUAAAGUAUUAUCUGGUCGUGGAACUGUCAUCGAAGAUGAAAACAUUGAAUUCACCGAUGUUCCAAUCGUUUCUCCAAAUGGCGACGUUUUGCUAAAAAAAUUGAGUUUCCAUGUAAAACCUGGGAUGCACUUGUUAAUUGUUGGUCCAAAUGGAUGUGAUAUUUAUGAAUGGUUAAUAAAUUUGCGUCCUUAUGUUGUUGUAGGUGGUACAGUUCACAGGCCAAAUCCAAAGGAUAUUUUUUAUAUCCCACAACGGCCUUAUUUAUCACAUGGUAAUGUUACAGACAAAGAUUUGCAAGAAAUUCUAGACGUAGUUCAAUUAAAUAGUAUUGUUGAUCGCGAAGGUGGUUGGGAUAAAGAACGUGAGUGGAAAGACGUUCUUGCAGGUGGUGAUAAGCAAAAAAUUGCAAUGGCGCGAUUAUUUUACCAUCGUCCAAAAUAUGCAAUUCUGGAUGAAUGUACAAGCUCUGUUGGUUUGGAAAUCGAGAAAAUUAUGUACACACACGCUACUAAUCUGGGUAUUUCUUUAUUAACUGUUUCUCAUCGUCCAUCGCUUUGGAAAUAUCAUAACUAUAUUCUACAGUACGAUGGACAAGGUGGUUAUGUGUUCACUCAACUUGACGCCAAACGUAGGUUGGAAUUACAAGAAGAAAAACAAAGUCUUGAACAGAAAUUAAUUGAGGUGCCAAAAUUACAAUCGAGAUUAGAACAAUUGAAAGAAAUGUUGCGAGAACGAGAAAUUUUAGUAAAUAACCAAGGUGGAAGUACAACACCUUAUAAUCAAGAUAGUGUCUCAUCUUUUGGUUUAAAAUAA